AUGGGACAAAUUGAAAUGGGUAGUUUUUCUGGUCGUUCAAAUAGCAGUAUUGAUUCAGAGAUCACUCAUAACAUUAAAUGGGUUCCAAAAUCUAAUGAAGAGGAGGUUGAAUCUUACUUCAUGGCGUUCGAGAAAGUGGCGAAUAGGCUUAAAUGGCCUGCCAAGAAUUGGACUGUGUUAUUACAGACAGGUUUAAUUGGGAAAGCCCAGGAAGUUUUUUCCUCAUUGUCGGAUGAUCUGUGUGAGAGCUAUGAAACUGUUAAAAGGGCUAUUUUGGAGGCCUAUGAAUUAGUGCCGGUGGCUUAUAGACAAAAAUUUCGCAAUCUGAAGUAUGUAGAUAAAUCGUUCAUGGAAUUUGCUAGAAAGAAGCAAGUUUUGUUUGAUAGAUGGUGUACUUCCGAAGGUGUUAAUUGGGAUUUUAACCAACUUAGAGAGCUCAUACUCGUUGAAGAGUUUAACAAUUGUUUGUCUUCAGAGGUGCGUACACACUUGAAAAAAUGGAAAUUUAAUGAGUUGAUGAAGGCAGCCACCAUGGCUGAUAAUUUUGUGUUGACACAUAAGUCAGUGAAUAAGAUUUCACAUAAUGAUGAUACGUUUCGCGGAGCGAAAUUGAACACAGCUAAUAGAAAUCAGUCUGGUUUUACUACAAGUAGUGGUAAAGGAUUUCAAAGGCCCUUGCGAGAUAUUGUUUGUUAUGACUGUAAAAGAAAGGGUCAUGUUAAGUCAGAUUGUUGGUUGUUGCAGAAAAAGAAAGGUGAUGUUAAGCCUUUUCCAAAUGCGUUUUUAAGUGUCUUGAACACACAUAAUGAUGUUGUGGAUCACACAGUUAAAUUUAAAUCAUCAGAUACAGAAAUGUCUUUUAGGGAAUGA